AUGUCAUCUCGCAACCGUCAAUCCCGCAACCCCAACCGCAACUCGUCGUCCAGCACCCAAGGCGAGGAAGCCCAGAUCUGGUCCCAAAUCAAAGACGAGAUCCGCGAACUGGUUGAUUCCAUCAACGCCUCCAACGACCAGAUCCGCGCCAUCCUCGCUCAGGACUCUCUGAUUGCCAAGUCACGUGAAGCACAAGCUUCAAAAGAGAACCCAUCCAAUGCUGAAGACAAAACCGACAUUGCAGCCCUAGAACAAACCCUCGACACGCUCAUCCGCGCCGGUGUGGGCGGCGCCGACAUCAGCAAACAGAAACUCCAAGAGGUGAUUGAGCAUGUCAUGGUGUUGCGAGCACUGGUCAAGGCGAGGGAGGAGAGCGAAGGGGUGGUGCAUAGCGGAGGGCGAGAUCGGGACCGUAACUCGGAGAGGUUGGGUGACAAGUUGGGGUUGGGAGACAAGGACAGGGAUAAACACAGCGACCGCGAUCUGAGUUCCAUGUACGACUUUGACGGCGCCGGCGACUCACCCGUCCCUUCUCCUCUCUCAAGUCACACCAGGAAGCUCGGCGGAGCCAACACUACGGCCGGCAGUGAUCGGGCUUCUACCGCCCGCGACAGCGUGCCUCCCCGCGACACGCCCUCCAAGGAUUCGGUUCCUCCGGAACCCAACACCAGCACCACGUCCAACGGCACCACCUCGGCAGGACCCACCACAGCAGGCGCCACCCAACGCGCCAAAGUCAUCUUCCACAAGGGCCAAGACGUAGUCUUUAAGCCCAAAGCCUCUCCGGCCUCGGGAAACGAAACCACCGAGUGGAUGCUGGGGCGCGUGCAACAGGUUUCGGGCGAGGGCAAGUCUCGUCGGUACCGCGUGCAGGACGCCGAUCCCGACCUGGACCCGGACCAGCGCGUUGAAUACCGCACUUCUGCGUCGAGCAUGAUCCCCAUCCCCGCGGCGGGUGAAGAAGAGAAGAAGCUGCCCAAGCUGGAAAAGGGCAAGGUGGUGUUGGCGUUGUAUCCGGAUAGCACGACAUUCUACAAGGCGGAGGUGAUGGGAACCGAAGCCGAGGGCGAGGGAGAGGGCAAGCAGAGGGUCAAGUUGAGGUUUGAGGGAGAGGAGAAUAGUGGGACGCUGCAGUUGGUGGAGAGACGGUUUGUGGUGGAGUAUAGGGCUUAG